AUGAAGUGGCUCCAGCACACAAUUACAUGUCACCAGACAAAAUCUUCGAUAGCCAGACAAGUAGAUGCAGAAAUAAGUUGGUACCACUGCGAUAAAUGUCCAUUUAAAACCAAAACCAAAAAAUACUUAAACAAUCACACAUCUUUCAAGCACAUGGACGAAAAAGACAUCAAAUGGCAUCAAUGUGAAAAGUGUCCGUACAAAACACGGCGUAAAAACAAUUUAAGAGCUCACAAUAUAUUUAUUCACAUGGAUCAGGAUGAAAUCAAGUGGCACAAAUGCCACCACUGUACCUACAAAACAAAAUUCGCCUACACUUUAAGAAAACACACGUACUACCAACAUUCUGGUGAUGAAAUCACGUGGUAUCAGUGUGAAAAGUGUGCUUAUAAAAGUAAAUAUAAAAGCGCGUUUAAAACCCACACGAGGAAUGUACAUGGUGGAUGUAAGCCACUCAUAUGCGAAAAGUGUUCGCGCUGGGCGAAGAAUAAGGAAAGCUUGAGGUUGCACAUGUAUAGGUGUCAUGAAGCUGUAAGAACGUACUCAUGUGAGCAAUGUUCAUUUCAAACACGUCACAAAAAUGAUUUAAAAAGGCAUGUUAUGUAUAGACACUUACGUGACAGUGAGGUGAAUUGGUAUCACUGCGACAAGUGCCCGUUUAAGACUAAAGCGAAAAGGUCGCUAAAUUCGCAUUUAAAAAGCAUACACUUUAGUGAUAAUGAUAUUAAAUUGAUCAAUAGGAUGAUGAUGUUAUGA